CGACAUUACUAAGUUAAAACAAGGUCGCCCUAAGCCGUCCUUGUUUACAACCCCCCUUUUAUGGGUGCGAUAUUUUCAAUAGCUUCCAUUAAACAAUUAUUUAAGCGGCCAAGAGGUGAUGCGGCAAUUCCAUCUCGCCAUGCGCGAUCUCUUUUUUUAGCGGGCGAGGGCGCGGCUGAGGCGGCGUCGGCGUUUUUGCUCGGCUUGCGCUACCGUGAUGGGGCGGCGUCGGGCCGCGCGUUAUGCCGUUCGGUGUUGGGGGGGUCUUUGGUGGAGGGGACCUACGGCUGCCAUUUUCAUCUUUACGUCACCCCCCACCCGGACGACUCCCACGGGAUCGCGCUCUGCUGGUCGCUCGCGCGGUCGGAUUUACGCGCCGCAGCGUUGGUGAUGCUGGGCCGAGUCGCGAAUAGCUGCCGAAAAACGAUAGUGGUGGUCGACGGGGAGGAAAUGGGCAUCGUCCUGCGGUAUACUACUACGCUUUGA